AUGUCUCCGGUCGUGGACCCCCCGUCAAGUUCUUCGUUCGAGGACGCGGCCCACGUUGUGACACCCUCACCGUACGACCGAGAUACCACAGAUAUUGUGUGGAGCUGCCUCGCGGUUAUCUUCUCUUGCACUUGGGCAGCCAUUCAUCCGAAUGUUCCCCAUUAUGGUAUUCGAGCAUCCCGGUGGAAGAUGUUGAGGAGACGUGUUCUCCUGAUGUUGUGGGCAAUCCUAGUGCCGGAGUUGAUGGUUAUGUGGGCGGUCCGCCAGUGGUUUGAAGCAGGCCAAGCUGUGGAAGCUUAUCAUACCAAUGCAACCAGGACGAUAAUUGUGAACAAGUCAGCGAAAAGCUCAAAGUGGACGAUGAUACACGGUUUCUUCCUCGUGAUGGGAGGGUAUUCAUUGGCGGUCGAUGGGAAAGAGGUGAACUCGCUUCGUGCUGAAGACCACUGGACAACGUCGAACCACCAACACUUCUGUAUCUGCGUUCGUCGUCCAUCUGAUAUUGCCCUCAUUGCCUGGCCCACACCCCGAGUCGAAGAAAUUCAAGACAAGAGCAAAGGCGAUGCGCUUGCCAAAUUGCUGAUUUUGGGUCAAGUUGUCUGGUUUAUCCUUCAACUCGUCGCUAGAUUUUCAUCCCAUCUGGCCGUCACCGAGCUAGAAGUGGUAACACUCUCCUACGCUUCGAUUAACGCACUGCUGUACUUCUUCUGGUGGGACAAACCACUUGAUGUCCACGAACCCAUCCUUAUCGAAAGGAAGCCGCACGAUACGCCCACAUCGUCCCCUCACUACGAUGAUGAUACUGACAACCCUCGGUGGGGUUUCGUCUGGGGGCAACUCAUAUUUCAACUUCACGCAAUACUUAAUGAAGAGCCGAGGAGCAUGUCCCUCCACCCACUCGUCCUUGUCCACCUUGAUCACUCUUCGAAAAGCGAGAAAUACUCGCUUGCUUUCUGUGGUUUAGCUGGGAGCUUGUUCGGUGUCAUCCAUUGCAUCGCCUGGCACUUCCACUUCCCUUCCACAGCGGAGAAGGUGAUGUGGAGGGUCGCGUCAAUACUGGUUACAGCCGUACCAUUAUUGUGGACAGGCUCGCCAAUGAGCGACCCGUUCCGAACGCCAUCAACCUCGAAAUUAAAUGGCUUGCCUUUUCGCUCUAGCGCAAUCAAGCGCGACACUUUGGCGGCCGAACUAGAGAAAGAUCCCCAGCUUUCCACAGCAAAGCGACAGCAGCGCUCGCAGGCCCUGACUUCUAAUAUGGCCUAUGCAUCGCUUGAAAGGCAACUCGCUGCAGUGAAGACCACGAAGAUGGAGUUGGAGACAAAGGUGCGCGAGAAGGACGUGCUGAUUGAGCAGCUCGAACGCGAUCGGAGGUUGUUCAGCGACCUCGAAAAGAAGGAGAGGGAGGAGAAGGAGAGAGAACGCACUGAGCAUGACGAAGAGAGGAGUAGGACAGAAGCAGAGCUACGCUCACUACGCACUAUGCUCAACGACCUCCGGGAGGAACACGCAGACACUGAAGAUGCGCUGUCGAGCCUCUCAAGGUCUUCAAAGCACACCAUCGCCUCGCAAGCGACAUCGCUCUCGUCGCUCACGCGGCAGAACGCCAUCCUCACCGCCUCGCUCGCCGAGUCCGAGCGCAUUGCCGCGUCGCGUGCGCACGAGCUGAUGGACCUGCAAUCGGAGCUGGAAGCGCUGCGUGCGCUGAAGGAGCGCGUAGACAAGGGCGCGAAGGACGUGGAGCCGAUGGCGGUGGUGCGGGACGAGCUGCAUCGGCAGGCGGGGCACACGCGGAAGCUGGAGAUGAUGAACGAGCGGCUGAGUGCGGAGGUGCGGGGGCUGAGGGAGAGGCAGACGAGCGUCGAGGUGCUGCGAGAGGAGAAGCGGGCACUGGAGAGGAAGGUGGCGGGUCUGGAAGAGAUGAGGGAAAAGGCGAUUCGGCUGGAAGCGGAGGUGGAAGCUGUGAGACACGAGAGAGCUCAAUGGGCUCAUAACAGUUCUCAGUCACCGGUCUCUGUCUCUGUCACCUCGGCACUCACGGAUCUCCGGCUCGCUCAUGCGAGGCUUCUCGAAGAACACGGUGCAACUACUGCAACCCUCCGCGAACGCGACUCCCGAAUAGGCGCUCUGACCCGUGAACUGGCUGAAUCGCAGGAAGCCAUCACGAGUCUCGAGAAGUCCAUUCGUGUCUACGCGGCCAAGCUCGAACGCAGUGAGGGCAAGGCUCUACUAGCAGAGCGGCAAGUUGGAUUUCUCGAAGCUAUGUUGGCGAGCUAUGACGCGGAAGCUGCGCAUGACAACCAGCAGUCUACGAUGAUGGACGCAGACGAGGGGAGCAGUAGUAUGUCCCGGCUGCGCGUGAAACAACUGGAGGAGAUGGUGGAUGAAUACCGCAAGGCCAACGACAGGCUAAUGAAAUCCCUAGACGACAUAGGCGUCGAUCCCUUGAGUGGCGGGAAGGAUAUACAAGGGCUGAAGCAGGAGCUCUCCGAGGCUCAAUCUGCGAGGGUAGCUCUGGAAUCUGACCUCAAGGCGCGCCAAGAAGAGACGCAGGAACACCUUGCGCGGAUCGACAAGCUCGAGCAAGAGCUCUUCGAGCUUUCUGGAGAAGUGGCUGGCGGGAGACAUGUUCCGCCAGGCGUGCGGGUAUUAUCGAUGAAGGAUAACCCAGAGGAGAAGUGGUUUAAUCUACGGCAGGAAGCUUUAGAUCGACUACGCGGGGAGAACGAGGCCCUCAUGGCGCGUCUCCGAGAACUUGAGGACCAACAACCCGCCCUACCAUCUAACAAUAUGCCUCCUCCCUCCUCCAACACACUCAACACACCCAACACACCCAAUGCCCCCGCCUCUGCCCCCGCGCACCUCGUCCCCCGGGAAUCCUACGAACUCGCCCUCAGCAAAACUGCCGCCCUCGCCGCUGAGCUCACGCAGAAGGACACGCGUCUACGGCGCCUGCAGCAAGUCUUCGCGUCGAAGAGCGCCGAGUUCCGCGAGGCCAUCGCGUCGAUCCUCGGCGUGAAGCUCGCGUUCUACCCGAACGGGCAGGUGCGGGUGACGUCGAUCUUUGAUCUGAACGCGAGUUUUGUGUUUCAGCCAGAGCGGAAGGGGGGCGGAACGAUGCAGCUUGUGGGGCAAGGGGAGAGCGUGUCGGAGGAUCUGCUCGGCCUGAUGCAGACGUGGAUCGUAAAGGAGCAGUGCAUCCCUGCUUUCGUGGCGCUCGUCACGCUUGAUUGCUAUGAGAAGGCGAAGGCCGGGGAGGUGUGA